UUAGACAAUGCAACAUGUGGUGUUUUUCCUAUGUUUUGUGAAAGUUAUUGAAUCUAUGUAUUAUGCAAAAAUAGGGCAACCCGGCUGCUUGUUGUUCAAUGGAAGUUGCGUAGAGGAAUGCCCAGAAAACAUGCAUCGUUUGAACAGCGAAUGUCGUCCGACACCGUCGCAGCGGACUUGCGACGAGCCUGUCGCAAUAUCAAUGGGCACUAUUUGCGAUUGGUCGCGAUGCGAUUGCGAUUUCCCCUUCGUGCUACACCCUCCGUCGGGUUAUUGCUUCGCUUACGAAGAUUGUCCCUGAUACGUUUUCUGAUUGAAUUUUCUGGUUAUCGGGAAAAUAUUAGAGU